UGGCUGAACACUGAAGGUGUUGAAAAGAACAACCGGCGGCUAGUUGGGAAUUUACGCGUGUUCUAAUGGCCAAGAGAACAAAAAAGGUUGGUAUCGUUGGGAAGUACGGUGUUCGGUAUGGUGCUUCUCUUAGAAAAACGAUCAAGAAGCUCGAAGUUAGUCAGCACUCCAAGUACAACUGCCACUUUUGUGGGAAGGAUUCACUGAAAAGAAAAGCCGUCGGGAUUUGGGAAUGUAAAGCUUGCAAAAAAGUUCUUGCUGGAGGAGCUUACGUGUGCAGUACAACCGCUGCUGCCACUAUCCGGGCUGCCAUCAGACGUUUGAGAGAUACACAUGAAACAUAAGCUGUAUAAGUGAAAAUAUAUGACGCGGUUCGUGAAA